AUGAGGAACGCUACCUCCCUUAGACUCCCCAUCUUCCUUCUCCUCGCCGCGACCCUCCCAUCAACCCACUCUUUCGACGCAUGCGGGCCCCUCGUCCAGGACUCCCUCACGCCCAGCGACACCUGCAACCGCAACAUCACCCUCGGCGCCGCCCCCUCCGCCUACGGCGCCCUCCUCCUCAACGACGGCUCCGGCCUCACCAUCCCCUGGGACAACUGCCUCCCCGUCCUCUUCGACGUCUGCGCCGCCAUCAACGCCUCCUCCGUCCCCGUCGGCCGGUGGAACUGGACCGACCCGGGCUCCGAGUGCGUCAUGGGCUUCUGGCUCCCGCAGUACGCCGGCAGCGCGCCCAAGCCGACGUACGACGCCUGCAUGGACAAUAUUUACACGCCCAUGUAUAUGAUCGGCAUGAUCGACGGGGGCACGGCGUAUAAUCAGGUCACGGUCAAUUUGAAGCAGUUGCCGGACGAUUAUGAGACGGGGGAGGCGGUCGAUGUGGGGUAUCCCAGUUAUUCGAUCACUUACUUGCCCCUUCAGCGAGGUCCGGAGACUCCGCUGUCGAGGGGGUGA